AUGAAUAGUUCCACGAGAGGCCUCAGGACGAGGCAGCAAAAGGCAAGGCAACUUAAGCAGCUUAAUGCUAAACGUAUCAACAUUCUUGGAACUGCUCACCUUAUUGAGGAAUUCAAUGAAAAUUAUGAUCCAUCCCGAGCUGCAGAAGUGCCAUUCCGUCUGGAAAAAUUAGAUCACCUUUGGGAAGAAUUUGAGCUCGUUGAAACUGAACUCGAUGUGCUGCGCACUGAUGAGCCCGAGUUCAAUCAAGAGCGUGCAGAAUUUCAAACAAUGUAUUAUCAGUUGAAAGGUUCGUUAUCGGCCAAAUUGCCUGUAGCCCCUGCAGUGCCCUCGCCUGUUCCCGAACCUGUGCCGGUACCACAACCAUCGCCCACGGCCCCUGGUGUGCGUCUUCCGGAAUUAAAAAUCCCUGAAUUCGAUGGGAAACCAGAAGAUUGGUCGGCUUUCAACGAUUUGUUCCGAUCCAUGAUUCACGACAAUGCUUUGCUUUCGGACAUACAAAAAUUACAUUAUCUUCGAGCUUCUCUCAAAGGUGACGCUGCUCGAAUUGUUUGCUCGCUACCGAUAUCAGCCCAAAGUUAUGCGGUAGCUUGGAAGAUGAUCCAUGAUCGUUACGAAGAUACUAAUCUUUUAAUCAAGCAGCACAUCGCUGCACUUUUUUCUAUCGCGCCCAUGCAAUCUGCAUCUGCAAGUGAGCUUUCCGAUCUUGCAGAUGAAUUUGAAAAGCACGUCAAAAUAUUAGAUACUCUUGAAACGAAAGAACAACACUGGGAUUCAGUUUUAGUAGAAUUACUAUUUCGUCGAAUGGAUAAAGACACGCAAGCUUUGUGGGAAACCCAUCGUUUCAAAGAAGAAAGACCUUCGUACGAUCAACUAAUACUCUUUAUGCAUGAACAUUCCCGCACACUGCAGUCCCUUAAGUUAUCGCAACAGGCAUUCAACCUAGAAGAAACUAAACCUCAAAAUUCACGUGCUACCUCUAACCAGUCUACAUCUGAACAACGAUUGAAGUGUGCUGCUUGCCAACAGGCACAUUAUCUAUUCCAAUGUGAAAUUUUUCGGGGAAAAACCCCCCAGCAACGCUUUGAGCUGGUAAAAAAGAACAAUUUAUGCAUUAACUGCAUCAAGUCGACCCAUUUUUCCAAAAACUGCACCAGUGGGCCCUGCAAAUAUUGCCAAAAAAGACACCAUACUUUGCUUCACCUUCAACCAUCUACCGCUUUGUGCACGUCAAGCGCUCCGGCAAGCUACCACCAGGACCAAGCUACAUUGUGUAAGGUCCAGCCAUGCGUUCAUAAUCUGCCGUUACACUCGUCCCGCGAAUCGCUUAUCAGUGACAUCGCUGUCGCUUCGGUCAAUCCGUCGGUUUCGUUCGUACCGCCUCCGGUUUCAGCGCCUCCCUGCAUUUCGCGCGGUAUAGUCUCAUCUCCAUGUCAAACAGUUGUAAGUGAUUCCACUGUGCUCUUGUUUACGGCACUAGUGCUAGUGAAAGACAAAUUCGGCCAACCGCAAGCUGCUCGUGCACUCCUGGACAGUGGUUCUCAAUCAAGCUUUAUUUCGGAGAAUCUAUAUCAACGUCUCUCAUUGCCACGUCAAAAGGUAAACGUGCCGGUGAGUGGAAUUGGCCAAGCCAUCGUUAACGUUCGAUACACAUGUGCAAUCACGUUUUCAUCUCGUUUUGAAACGGAUAACUAUGCAAUGGAAUGUCUAGUUCUGCCAAAGCUCACUGUUCAUCUGCCGACUAGCACCGUUGACAUUAGUGACUGGAGGAUUCCUGAACAUUUACCUCUGGCGGAUCCUCAGUUCAAUGUAAGCCACGGCAUUGACCUUAUCAUCGGAGCCGAGUUAUUUCCAUUUUUCUUUCAAGCAGAGCAACUCACAUUGACAGACAAUUUGCCUAUGUUUUACAAAACAUCGUUAGGCUAUCUCAUAGCUGGUAGAGUUCCAACAAAUGUCGUGACACCCACAGCAUGUCUGGUAUCUACACUGGAUUCCUUGGACGCUCAAGUGAAGAAAUUUUGGCAAGUCGAAGACUUCGAUCAAGGGAAGGCUCUCACUCCUGACGAGCUACAUUGCGAAAAUCAUUUCCAAACUACUCACAGCCGUACUCAAAGCGGGCGCUACAUCGUGCGGUUGCCGAUUCGCAGUGAGAUACUACAAAAGAUCGGUGAUUCCUGGCCCGUUGCCGCCCGCCGAUUUACUGCUUUAGAAAGACGAUUGCAAACGAACGAAUGCUUGAAAACAAGUUACACUCAAUUCAUGAACGAAUAUGAAGAGCUUGGCCACAUGGAAGAGAUGAAGACUCGCGUCGCGUUACCCCAGUUUUUUCUGCCCCAUCACGCCAUUCAUCGACCCGACUCGACAACCACAAAAAUAAGAGUCGUGUUCGACGGUUCAUGUAAAGACAGUAACGGUAUUGCGCUAAACGAUCUACUCUUUACUGGACCAACAGUACAGCCAGCUUUAUUAUCCAUUAUUAUCAAUUUUCGUACACACCGCUACGUCAUGACGGCGGACAUUGAAAAAAUGUACCGCCAAAUCAUGGUUCAUCAAGAUGAUCGCCAAUUCCAACAAAUUUUGUGGCGGAAUGAUGCGUCAGAACCUUUGAAGACCUUCCAGUUGAACACCAUAACGUACGGAACCUCGUGUGCACCAUUCCUUGCCACGAGAGUCUUAAACCAACUAGCCGAUGACGAUGGAAAGGAGUAUCCACUAGCCUCACAGGCAGUAAAGCGAGACUUUUAUGUCGACGAUCUUCUCACCGGCGCGAACAGCAUCGAAGACAUGAAAGAAAUUGCGAGGCAGCUCAUCGAAUUGUUGGAUGGUGCUGGAUUUUCUCUACGAAAAUGGAGUUCCAAUGAUACUGCGUGCAUUAUGGAUAUUCCAGAGGAACGCUGGGAAAGGCAACCGCAACUCGAACUGGAUCGUUCGCCAUCAAUUAAAACGCUCGGACUCCUCUGGUUUCCAACUGCGGAUGUGUUUGGGUUCAAGAUUCCGCAAUUAUCCACCAUUGAAAAGGUAACCAAAAGAGUAGUAUUGUCCGAAAUUUCACAACUGUUUGACCCGCUGGGUCUUGUUGGACCGAUUGUUAUAAGCGCUAAAAUGUUUAUACAACGGUUGUGGCUGGAAGAACUCCAGUGGGAUGACGAAUUGCCCGAAGAGUUACGAUCCUGGUGGCUAUCCUUUAGAGUGUCUAUCGACGUGCUGCAAGAAAUUCGUGUUCCUCGUUGGGUAUUAGGCACUGGUAUAACCGACUACCAACUUCAUUGUUUUGUUGACGCCUCAGAGAAAGGAUAUGGAGCUUGCCUUUACGUCGUCGCAAGCGAUUCAAAUGGUCCAAAAUUCAGUAAUUUACUCAUCGCAAAAUCCCGUGUUUCUCCAAAAAGUGGCGAAACUAUGCCACGGUUAGAGCUUUGCGCUGCCCGUCUGGGAAGUCAAUUGAUAGAUACGAUUCUUCAGACGACCACAUUCGCUGGAACCCCAAUUUUGUGGUCCGAUUCAACCAUCGUUCUACACUGGAUUCGCUCACCCCCGUCGAAGUGGAAGAUAUUCGUAUCCAACCGUAUUGCCGAGAUUCAUCGACUUACCCAAGACUCCCAGUGGCGGUAUGUUCCUACAGCACUCAAUCCUGCCGACUGCUUAUCGAGAGGACUCCAGCCCGAUGAACUUCAACAUAAUACUCUUUGGUGGCACGGGCCACCGUUUCUGCUUCUCGACCGUGAACACUGGCCUAAGCAAACUGCUACGCUUUCAUCGAUGGCAUAG